CAUGUACGAAAAGGAUACAAAGAAUGACCUUGUCAGUAAAAUUCGUACGGAGUAAAAUCAGUAGUCUGCGAUGCGGAGACCCUUCGAGGAGUCCCACAAUGUCUCGUCACCUUUCGACGCGAAACCGUGUGUUCAGCGGAAGAAGAAGCGAAGGAAGGGCGCGGGCCAUUUCCCGGGUCUGGACGGUCGCGAUGACGGCGACGCAAUGCAGGCGCAAGAUCGACUGGGGGAAGGCGGCGGAGAUCGGCGGAAGCAGCGGCGGAGCAGCGCACGGGGGAGCGACGCGGAAGACGGUGAAGGCGGGGGCGAUCGGCGGAAGCAGUGGAAGGGCCACGCGGAUGGCGGGGAUGUGCGGCAGUUCCCUCUAGGGACGGGGGAGGGAUGCGCUGAUGGGGGGAAGCGGCGGAGGAAGUGGCAGGGCGGCGGGGAGGGGCGCUUGGCAGGCGGAAAUCAGUCUGAUUGGGAUCCGCGCACUGUGAGAGCCGCGGGGGACGACCAUGCGCGGACGGCUGGUGCGCGCGCGGAAGAGGAGUGCGCUUUCCAAGAGGGGCGGAAGGACCCGCGGAACGACUGUGACUGUAGCUCGGCGGGGAGAGCGGUGGGUGUGGCGGGGGGGGUUGAGUGCAGGAGUGGGCGUGGGUGGGGGUGGUGUGCGGAGUCGUCAAUGGCAGCACUUGAAGAGACAUUCGGCCGAAAGGCGUGCGCUGCCUUGCACCCUACUGCUCUGGCUGGCCUGCUGUCAGGAGCGGACAUGCUGAUAACGGUGGACGCCAUCUACAAGAGAGCGCUCGCCUUCAUGCUGCCAACGCUCCACACCAUUCUGCACCGCACCAAUGCUCCUCCUGUCCACUCCACGCAUCACUCCACCAGCGCCCCUCCCAGCCCCCUUAUGGAGAUGCGCCCUGCUGCAGCCCCCGGUCAUCUCCCCAACGCCACCAGCACUGCCGCACCCCUCAGUGAGGAGGUCGGCACGCCCGUGGAGCUGCUGGUGCUCUGCCGCAUGCCAACUGUCAGCCUCACACUGGCCGCCUGUCUCUCUGACCUAUUGCAGCAGGCGCAGCGGUGCGAAAAAGGGGGAAAGGGGCGCGGAGCAGGGAGCAGUGGGAAGGGUGGGAGUGGUGGUGGGUACGGUGGGGGUGGUGGGAGCGGUGGGGGUGGUGCAAGGAAGGGUGUGUGCGAGGGUAAGGGGGGUGGGGCAGCAGCAACGAGGAAGGCAGUGGGGUGCUUGGCAGGGCUGGGAGAGGAAGCGGGAGAAGAGGGGGAUCAUGGAGAGAAGCGAUUGGGGGAAGAGCGGGUGGGUGAAGGGGAGGGGCGAGUGGGUGAAGGGGAGGGGCGAGUGGGGAUGGUGAAACUGCUUCACUUCAGAUCGGUGGAGGAGAUUAGUGGCAAGCUUAGAAGAUGGCCCUCCCAGGUGGUGGUCGUGAAUCCGGACAUGCUAGCUCGCAUGGUGACGCACAAGUCGUUCAUGAGGAGGAAGCUUCAACACCUCAAGAUUCACCGUCUGGCUCAGCGUGUGCUUAAAGAGGGGUAUCAAACCGCUGAGCUUGCUACUGGUAUAUGCCACAUGGAGAAGGCAUGCCAGGUGCGCAGUGCAGGCCGGAGUGUCGCGCUUGCUGGGGGUGGCAGUGAUGGUUAUAACAGUGGUGAAGCUGGUCGUGAUGUGGAGGCAACAGAAGCAGACGGCACAACUGACAUUGCAGGAAGGGCAAGUGCGAGGGGGAGGGAACCUACGGCCUUCAAUCCCCCUCUCAAAGCUGCUGGCCGCUCCAUCCCAGCCACCACACCACCCGCCACCAUCCCACCUCCACCCUCCACCGUCCCACCUGAGUCCCUGGACGCCCUCAUUGCAUCCUUUGGUCUGCACCGCUGCGCCUCCGUGCUGCCUGCUGCCCUCGGCCCCAUCCUUGCAGGCAUGGACCUCAUGGCAACGACCCCUCUCUCCACCGGCAACAUCACUUGCAAGUUCCUGCUGCCAGCCCUGCAAGCCCUCUCUCCCCCUGCUCCCCGCACCGCUCUCCCUGCCACGGGGGCACCUGUCAAGCUGCUUGUGCUGUGCUCAGCUGCGGGGCUUGUGAGGCAGAUUGCUGGGGAGAUGGCGAUGCUGGUGGGGGAGAUGCAGGAGGGAUCAAGGGGAGAGAAGGGUGUGGCGAGGGAGGAAGAGAGGGCAGUGGAGAGGGUGGGAGGAGGGAGUGAGGGGGGCCGUGUGGCAACAGUGUUGAAGAAGGAUUGCGAUCUGACGGUGGAGAGGGAACGACUGCACCCGUGCCAGGUAUUGGUGGCAGAGCCUUGUCGGCUGCGGCGCAAUCUGCACAUGUUCUUCCUCCAGCAGAAACUCAAGUCCGUCCGGGUGCUCGUUAUAGUCACACCGGAGGGUGAGAGCAACAGCAAGCUCAAUUCCCUGCAGCACAUCAUCGCUUUCCUUCCCUCUGACUGCCAAACCUUGAUCAUCUGCCAGCGCCUCUCCCCCCAGGUGCAUGCCAUGGCGUCUCAAGCCCUCCAGUCGGACUAUGUGUGCUUAGAUCUUGCCAACAGUACUGCUGAGACGGAUGCACGACACGUGAACAGUGAAUCUCCAGACGAAUGCCCAGCCAUGUGCAAUGAAGGUGAUGCGGAGGAGGAUGAUGGUAAUGCUGAUGACCAUUCGAAUGCUCGUCAUGCCCAUGGAGGAUGCGGACUGGAUGCUGGAGGUGGGGAUGCAGGGCGCAUUGAAAAUGGUGGCAGUAGUGGCAGCAGUGGCAGCAGCAGCCACGGUGUUAGUGGUGCUAGAAGUGACAGCAGUGGGAGCAGUGAUGGUCACAAUAGUGAUAGUGGUGGCAGUAGUGGCAGUACUAGCAUUAGUGAGAUCAGUGAUGGCGUUAGUGCCGGCAGUGGUAGCAGUGGCGGUGGUGUAGCAAGUGAAUGGGGCACAGACAAGGUAAAUGGGGAAAUGAAGACUAGCCUCAAGGUUGGGAGUAAUACAGCAGCAGCAGCAGCAGCAGGGCGUGCAGCAGGGGAAGGCAGUAUGGCAGGGCAAGGAACAGCGCAUGGGACAGCAGGAGAGAGCGGGGAAGGUAACAGCAGCAGCAGCAGCAGCGGUGUGAGUGUGAAGGCGCUAAUUGGCUUCUUUGGCGUCGAUGCAUGCGCUGCUGUGGAGCUGGCUGCCCUUCCACACAUCCUUGCUGGUUCCGAUGUGCUCAUAAGGACCACUGGCAACACCAACAAGGCUGCCUUCUUCCUGCUGCCACACCUUUACACCCUUCUGCACCGCACAGCACCGCUUCUUCCAGCAAUUGGCACCCCUGUCGAGAUCCUAUUUCUCUCUGUCUCACGUGUGUGCUCUCAAUUCGUAGCUCAAGUGAGGCAGCUUAUAGCGAAGCAGCCUAAAGUUCAGCAUACAGGCAUGCAUAGAUCGACUGUAGGGCGAGCAGUGCAGGUGGAAGCACGUGAGGACGCGUCAGAGCAAGAUGGGCGGGGGGAAUGCCGGGGAGUGGCACAGUCAACAAGGGUGGGAGCUCAGCUGCUGUGCAUGCGCAAGGGAGGGAAAAACUUCAAGGCCCUUUUAUGCCAGGUCUUGGCAUGCCCGUAUCAGAGCAUAUGUGAGCAUCUGCAACAGCAUGUGUACUUUAGAAGCAAGCUGCAGCAAGUCAAGGUGGUGGUGCUGAACGAACCUGAGAUGAUCUCAAUGGGGGUCAUGGAUCACAUCUUGAGCUACCUGCCAGCUCACCGGCAGACCAUCAUUCUCACUGCCAAUACCACACCAGGGAGAUUCUUCCUCAUGGAGAGAGGAGGACGCAGCAGCACGAGGGCAUGGGCCCCUGGUGUGUGGAGCAGCUUUGACUCGCCGCGAGCUAGCUCACACGUGGGUCUGAUGCUGGCUGUGCUGCCAUAGCUGAGGCCAUGCCUGCUCGCCCACAUGCACACCUCUGCUCACGUGCAUCUUGAAGUCACCUCCGGCCGAUUUGAGCAGUAGUAGGGCAUGCAGCCAUGCGAGCCACCACGCACUGCAGCAAGGGAGGAAGUCAGUCCGGAGCAGUUGCUCUCCCUUAUGGCGUGGAGGUACUUCCUUCUCCUCGACGAGCCCCUAUGCCGCCCAUCAUCACCAUCAGCAGCAGCAGCACUAAAGCCUUCCGGUCGCUCCUGCCAUCCGUUCUCUCUUGUCUUUGUCUCCUCUGCACUGCUCUCAUCCCUUCUACCCCCCUAUACGUCCCAUUCCUCUCCUACUGCCUCUGCCACUACACACACUCACGCAUCUCCCUCCCCUGGCAGUGUUAUAAUCACAAUAGGCUCAGAUGUGCCUAAAAAGAGAGAUAGAGAGCACAUUUGGACAUCCGUCAGACGGCUUCAAAUAAUGAUGACGUUUUGAUCCCUAAAUCAAACGGUUAUUUGUAAGUUGGAUCUGGAGCGCGUUGCUGUCGCCUAUCAGCAGCAAGUUGAAUCAUGAAAUUCCAUGAAGAUUUGAC